AUACAUACACAAACACAAUUCUGUAUGUAUCUUCGUAUUUAUUCGACUCGUGCUAUAAAUAUGCUGAAAUCGAUUCUUUCUCUUUUUGUUCUUAUUCUAUCCCCUUUCUCCUCCUCGAUUUGUGUGAUUGGAUUUUCACACAAACUGUUACUUUAUAUAUAUAUAAAAUCUUGAAUAUCAAUUUGAGGAAAAAGAGAUGGAUCACUCAGCAGAUGCAUUCCGCACGGACUUGAUGACCAUAACGAGGUUCGUGUUGAACGAGGCUUCUAAGUACCCGGAAUCUCGCGGUGAUUUUUCGAUUCUCAUCAGUAACAUUGUUCUCGGCUGUAAGUUUGUUUGUGCUGCUGUUAACAAGGCCGGGUUAGCCAAGCUCAUUGGACUUGCUGGUGAGACCAAUGUUCAGGGCGAGGAACAAAAGAAACUGGAUGUGCUCUCGAAUGAAGUUUUUGUCAAGGCCUUGGUCAGCAGUGGCCGGACAUGCAUCCUUGUCUCUGAAGAAGAUGAAGAGGCGACUUUUGUAGAGACAACCAAGAGGGGAAGGUAUUGUGUUGUUUUUGAUCCGUUGGAUGGAUCCUCAAACAUUGACUGUGGUGUUUCAAUUGGAACUAUAUUUGGGAUCUAUAUGAUGAAUGAUGGAGAAGAACCUACUUUAGAAGGUGCAUUGCAACCUGGGAAGAAUAUGGUGGCUGCUGGUUACUGCAUGUAUGGGAGCUCAUGCACGUUUGUGAUGAGCACUGGAUCUGGAGUGAAUGGCUUUACCCUUGAUCCAUCUUUGGGGGAGUUCAUCCUCACCCAUCCAGACAUUAGGAUCCCAAAAAAAGGAAAGAUAUAUUCAGUGAAUGAAGGAAAUGCAAAGAAUUGGGAUGGACCAACAGCAAAGUAUGUGGAGAAGUGCAAGUUCCCUACAGAUGGUUCACCGGCAAAAUCUCUAAGAUACAUCGGAAGCAUGGUAGCAGAUGUUCAUCGCACUUUACUCUAUGGUGGUAUAUUUUUGUACCCUGCCGAUAAGAAAAGCCCCACUGGUAAACUAAGGGUCCUCUAUGAAGUCUUCCCCAUGUCUUUCUUGAUGGAGCAAGCUGGAGGUCAGUCAUUUACCGGCAAGGAAAGGUCGCUGGACUUGGUACCGAAGCAUAUUCAUGAGAGGUCUCCUAUAUUUCUUGGUAGCUACGACGAUGUUGAAGAAAUCAAAGCCCUGUAUGCUGCUGAAGCAAAAAAUUCGUAGUCCUUUCGUGUAAAGAUGGAAGUUGAAAUAUGUGUUGCAGUUAAUCUGCUGAUACUUACUGAAUUAUAUAUUCAAUGGUAGAACCUGAUCUUUCAUGAAGAUGUAUUAGUACAUUAAUAAACUCUUCUCUAAUUAUGACAGGUAUGCCGUUGACACAAAUAUAAAAUGUUGUAGUACAUAUUGGGAA